GGGGGUAGAGCCGCAAUGGCGGUCGGCGGCGGCGGCGCUCGGAGGGACUCAGGCAGAGCGGCUGCGAAACCGGCCGCCCCGCUCCCUCUGUCAGACAUCGCAACCUCUGCCUCUCCAAAGCAAGCGCCAUCUUGGCUCGGGGAGAGGAGCGGCGCGGCGAGGCAGAAGCAGGGGCGAGCCGAGUACCUUCAGAAGGCCCAAAUUCUCCCAUACGUGAGCAACUUUCUAUGGCAGCAGACUUACUUCAGAGUGAGAAUGGGAGCGGUCCAGAGCUGGCAAAGCCUCUCCAUUUCCAGUACCUGGAGCGUGCACUACGACUUGACCCCUUCCUGCGCCAGGCUGCAAGUGUCUUCAACAGACCUAUUUCCAGUGACGAGAGUGAUGAUGGGCUUGAGGAGGCUCCCUCACUGUCUAAAAUGGGCUCUGGGAAUCUUCUGAACUGCAUUAAGAAGGAGCCCAUUGAUGAGGAUCUGGGAGAGCAACCAGAAGUCGGGCACAGCAGAACACUGACGGCUCCACCCUCGCUAAAUGGUGCCUUUCAUCCAGCAGAACUCAAAGUUGAUAAGGGAAACGUAUACAAUUUCAGCAAACUGAAGAAAAGCAGGAAAUGGCUGAAGAGCAUUCUCUUGAGUAAUGAGACAUCGGACUCCAACACAGAUGAUGACGAAACAGAGGGGGAGUUUAUGCUCACCAAGGAGGAGUUGCAUGAUAUGCUGCGUCUGCACAAGUACAGGAAGCUGCAUCAGAGCAAAGUGCACAAUGAUAGAGAGCUCCAACAAUACCAGUACUACAGCACUGGCUUACUGUCCACACAUGACCAUUUCUACGAACAGCAACGCCAUGUCCUAGGCCCGAGCAGGAAAAAGAAGAAAGAGGAGAAAAAAAUGAAGGCCAAAUUGAAGAAAGUGAAGAAGAGGAGAAAGCGUGAGGAGGAACUCUCGUCCGGAGAAUCCCCACGGAGGACCGAGAUGAAAAUAUUCGCCAAGUUCUCGCAUGAUGCUCCUCCUCUAGGUUCAAAGAAAAAGCACCUGAAUUUAGAGCAAUUGAAUGCACGGAGACGCAAGGUUUGGCUCAGUAUUGCCAAAAAGGAGGUUCCCAAGGUCUACAAGCAGAAGUCCUCUGCACGCAACAUGAUCCUCACCAACACCAAGAAGCUGGCUCACCAGUGUAUGCGAGAGGUGCGGAGGGCUGCUAUCCAAGCGCAGAAAAACUGUAAAGAAACGCUGCCUCGGGCCCGAAGACUAACCAAAGAGAUGCUGUUGUACUGGAAAAAGUAUGAUAAAGUGGAGAAGGAGCAUAGAAAACGGGCAGAGAAAGAGGCUCUGGAACAGCGGAAACUUGAUGAAGAGAUGCGUGAGGCGAAGAGACAGCAGCGGAAGUUGAACUUCCUAAUCACCCAAACCGAGCUGUAUGCACACUUUAUGAGCCGGAAGAGAGCUUCUGGGAAUGAUGCGCUGCAGGAGGAAAUCUUGAUGAAGCUGGAUGACAGUGUGAUUUACAGACAGAUUGACAUUGGAGGAGGAGUGAUGGUUAACGUCAGUCAGGAGGAUUAUGAUAGUGAAUACUAUAAAGCACAGGCACUGAAGAAUGCAGAGGAUGCCUUUCGAGUGCAGCAAGCCAAAACUCGAUUGUUCGAUGAAGAAGCAAAGGAGAGCCGCAUGGCAGCACUGCGGGCAGCCAAUGAAUCUGGGACUGGUUUUGGGGAGAGUUACAGCUUGGCUAAUCCUUCCAUUCGAGCUGGCGAAGACAUUCCACAACCUUCCAUGUUCAAUGGCAAACUCAAGGCCUACCAACUGAAGGGCAUGAAUUGGCUUGCUAACCUCUAUGAACAGGGUAUCAAUGGGAUUCUGGCUGAUGAAAUGGGGCUCGGUAAGACGGUGCAGAGCAUUGCUUUCUUGGCACAUUUGGCUGAGAGAGAAAACAUCUGGGGUCCAUUCUUAAUCAUCUCUCCUGCCUCCACACUUAACAACUGGCAUCAGGAAUUCUCCAGAUUUGUGUCUCGAUUCAAGGUUUUGCCUUACUGGGGGAACCCUCAUGACAGAAAGGUGAUCAGGAAGUUCUGGAGCCAGAAAACACUGUACACCCAGAAUGCUCCGUUCCAUGUGGUGAUAACCAGUUACCAACUGGUAGUUCAGGAUGUGAAAUACUUUCAGCGGGUAAAGUGGCAGUACAUGGUGCUGGACGAGGCCCAGGCACUCAAAAGCAGUUCCAGUGUUCGUUGGAAGAUUUUGCUGCAGUUUCAGUGCCGGAACCGGUUGCUACUGACAGGGACCCCCAUUCAGAACACUAUGGCAGAGCUAUGGGCACUGCUACACUUCAUCAUGCCAACACUCUUUGAUUCUCAUGAUGAAUUCAACGAAUGGUUUUCCAAAGAUAUCGAAAGCCAUGCUGAGAACAAAUCUGCCAUCGAUGAGAAUCAGCUGUCACGUCUUCACAUGAUUCUCAAGCCUUUCAUGUUGAGGAGGAUCAAAAAGGAUGUGGAAAAUGAGCUCUCUGAUAAGAUCGAGAUCCUGAUGUACUGCCAGCUGAAAAGCAGGCAGAAGAUGCUGUACCAGGCUUUGAAGAACAAAAUCUCCAUUGAAGACUUGCUCCAGUCAUCCAUGGGAACCACUCAGCAGGCCCAGAACACCACCAGCAGCCUCAUGAACCUCGUCAUGCAGUUCCGCAAGGUCUGUAACCAUCCGGAACUGUUUGAGCGCCAAGAGACUAAAUCACCUUUCCAUAUGUCUCUGAAACCAUAUAACAUUCCCAAACUUAUUUAUAGGGAUGGACAGAUCAAUAACUUCAAUCAUUGUCGCAACAGGUGGUUACGAGUCAUUCUGUCCCCCUUCUCCCCAGCCCACAUCCAUCAGUCUCUCUUCCAUAGAAAAGGUAAUGAUAAAGGAAGCUGCUUUUCUUUUCUGCGAUUCAUAGAUAUGUCGCCCUCUGAAAUGUCAAACGUGAUGCUUCAAGGGAUGCUUGCAAGGUGGUUAGCUCUUUUUUUAUCACAGAAAGCUUCCUACAGGCUUCACCAUGCACGCAAUUGGAGAGGGAGUGAGGUGAAGCGGCAACACCUGUACAGCACGGAUCUGAUCAUGUGGGUGGAUUCCUGCAUGUCUUUCCCCAACAUUCACAGCAGCAAAUGUUUCCAGGACCUUUGUUUUACUGGCUAUUGCAAAGCAGUAAUCAGCCACACACAGCACCUUGUCCAUCGACGAAAAUUGGCUACCUCAUCCAUCCGCCACAGUCAGCCCACAGAAAUGCCAGCCUUUCUUUACAACAGCAUACCCAAGGUGACUGCUGUUCCACGUGAUAGCUACUGUUGUGAUCGGAGUGCAGAGUACGAGCGUCGAUUAAUGAGGGAAGGGGGUCACCUCACCGCCAAGCAGUGCCUCUUGUAUGGAACUCCAGAGCUAGCUCUUCAUUGGAGAAAUCGGCUGUCCUUCUUCUUCCUUGAAAAUCCUGGGGGCUUGUUAGCUGUUCAGUCCAGACAUGGCUGGUCUUUCAUUAGGAUCCCUGACAAAGAAAGCCUGAUUACAGACAGCGGCAAGCUGCACACACUUGACAUCCUCCUGACACGCCUAAAAACCCAGGGUCAUCGUGUGCUCAUUUACUCCCAGAUGACACGCAUGAUCGAUCUGCUGGAGGAGUACAUGGUCUUCAGACAGCACACUUACAUGAGACUGGAUGGUUCCUCAAAAAUAUCUGAGAGACGGGACAUGGUGGCAGACUUCCAGAGCAGAACAGAUAUCUUUGUGUUCCUUCUCAGCACCAGAGCUGGUGGCCUUGGCAUCAACUUGACAGCUGCUGAUACGGUUAUAUUUUAUGACAAUGACUGGAACCCCACUGUAGAUCAGCAAGCAAUGGAUCGAGCUCAUCGGCUGGGACAGACCAAGCAAGUAACCGUGUAUCGACUCAUCUGCAAGGGAACGAUAGAAGAGCGAAUCCUGCAGCGUGCUAAGGAGAAGAGUGAGAUUCAACGAAUGGUUAUUUCUGGAGGAAACUUCAAACCCGACACACUCAAACCAAAGGAGGUGGUCAGCUUGCUGUUGGAUGAUGAGGAGCUAGAGAAGAAAUUGCGCCUGCGACAGGAAGAGAAACGAAUACAAGAAGAAUCAAACAAAGUGAAAGAUCGAAAAAGGAAACGAGAAAAAUAUGCAGAAAAGAAAAAGAAGGAGGAUGGUGAGAGCACUGUAAAGAGGAGGAAAGAGGGGUGGACUAUGUUGACACCAUCAUUAGCAUCUGCUGAUAACUCCAAUAUGUCUUCAGGAAACCUGUCAGCAGAUGGGGAGGAAUCUUUCAUCAGCGUGGACUCAGCGAUGCCCAGCCCUUACAGUGAGAUUUCCAUGAGCAGUGAGCAGCACACCGGAUCUAUUGCACCUGAUGAAAGCAGCAGUGACCUUGUGAUCGUGGACGACCCAACAUCAGCAUCGCAAUCAAGAGCGACCAAUUCCCCAGUCUCCAUUGCAGGCUCAACUUCAGACCAUGUGAAUGGUGUUUCGCAAGACAAGUCUGGUAUUAACAUGGGCCCUUCAGGGAGGGGCAGGGGCCGUCCAAAAGGAUCUGGAAGUACAUCAAAAGGUUCAGGGAAAAAUCGAGGGCGCAAGUCCACUGCUGGCAGUGCUGCAGCGAUGGCGGGAGCCAGGGCAGGUGCAGCAGCAGCUUCAGCUGCUGCAUACGCUGCAUACGGGUACAAUGUGUCCAAAGGAAUGGCAGGAAGUGGCCCUGGGCAGUCACCCCUCUCCCGGCCAACCAGUGCCGCCACCUUCGGAAUGAUGAGCACCUCACCCUUGAGCUCUCCUCACAGCCUGUCAAACAGUGUCCCAGGAACACCACAGACCCCGACGGACACCAGCACGCCUUCUCCGUCCCCCAGCAAGAAGGCCAGCAGAGGCCUGGUUCAGCCCCCAACUGUUGGGGGCCGGUAACCAUGAACAGUACUGGUGUGGGUGGGGGGGAGGAAUGACUACAGUGAAUGGGUGGAGAGGGUAGGUGAAUUGCAAGACUUUCGUGUUUAAGGGUUUAAGAGUUUGUUUAAAAAGCCUAAUAAGUGAAAUCAUGGAGAAGCCUUUUCCCUCUUAAUGAUGUGUACAUAAUGUUUACCAGGAGAGCACAGAAUCCUUGUUUGUUUCUUUUUGAAUGUGCUAUUUUUUUAUAGAUGAACUUGUAAAUAUGUACAAAAAAAUAAGAAAAAUCAAACAGAAACUGCUAUCUUUUACUAACCCGACAGAGACUGGUGAGAAUCCAGCCACGUGAUGAAUAGUAAUUUUAUGGAGAGAUUGUAUGUGUGUGAAUUUUUACUAGUUUCCAGUGCUGAGAGGUAAACAUUCUGAAGUCCUUGUGUUUUAAUUUGCAGAGGCGGAAGCUAUUUCCCCUUGAGAACAGAAGCAGCAUUCAGCUUCCCGCACCCUCCUCCAUACCUCCUCCUUCCUCAUACCACUGUAACAUUUGCAUCAGUCAGCUGCUGGUGACUGCAAGUGGCACCUGCUCAAUAGCUGUGCUGCCCCGGACUGGCCGGGAGAAGUCUCCAAGUGCAAGUCCGAGUCUGCUGAGUUUUGGCAGUCAUUGCACAUCAAGGCUUGUGAACUGCAGCAUCCACUCCGUGUUCUCACUCCCAUUAAUGCUGGUUUAAAGACCCUGGGAAUCAGUUAGUACUAAAAAGUAGAACUUACUGUUGGAAAUUCUCAGUCGUCCUAUCAGUCAAUAGGAGGAAGAGGGCAGGUAAUAUCUCCUUUCUGUGAGAUACUGACAGACCCACUGCGAAUUUCCGGCUCUCUUUCAGACAAAAUACAAAGCGUGCCAUGUAGCAACCUCAUUGAAAACUUCCAGCAGUGCCUUUGAGGCAGUGACUGGUCCAGGAUUCACCUCGUGUAGCACUGGGUUAUUGCUGUGUUACUGCAGGUAGCAGCAAACACCAAUACAUGGAGAUCACAAGACAAAGGAAGGGGGAUCUGCAAUAUCCAUAGGAAACACUUAGGAACCCCUGUUUCCAGUACAGGUAUUAGCAAUACACAACAUGACAACUGCUGGAUAUCUCGACCCCAAAUUAUAGGAUAUAAUGAUUCAGAAACACUCUGCAUAGGAUGGUAACUGUCUUGGUAAGCCUGAAAUGUGAAGAGUUUUUGUAAAGUUUUAAGGAAACAUUCCAUGGCCAAUGCAGUGCUGCUCCCUGACAUUCCAACAUGCUAUAUCAUGGACUUGGAUUGAUUUCUGCAGUUCAUCACACAAGUUCCCAAUUUCUCCUGCAUUGCCUUUAAGAGGAGGUGCUGAAAAGAGCCCAGAUGUGUAGAAACAGUACUUUGCCACUCCAUUAUAGUUCCAGUUGUGUAUAGACAGUGCUGUAUCAUUUCACUAAAGCUCCUUUGAAAUGCUAGCACCAGUGCAGAGGGAAUGGGCCCUGAUUUCCUUUAGAUCACUGCUGACUAUGCAGGAGCUGUGUCCCUUUUUCAACUUUCUCUAUUUUGAUUAUAGUUUGAUAUUUGGGAACUUUAUUAAUCUCAAGUUCCUUGCAGAACUAAAACUAGAUAAACAUGCUAGUCACUGCACUAGAAUAGUGAGUGUGGUCUAACUACAAGACUCCACCCUCUUGCCCCACGUUGCCCCCUCUUGCCCCACGUUGCCCCCUCUUGCCCCACGUUGCCCCCUCUUGCCCCACGUUGCCCCCUCUUGCCCCACAUU